AUGAGCGACAAAUACGGAGCACCAGCAGGACCCCCACCCAUCUACGGAAACCAGCGAGGGAACGACGGAUACUACGACCAGGGCUACCAACAGCAGGGCUACCAACAGCAGGGAGGAUACAACCAGGGCUACAACAACCAGGGUGGCUACUAUCCACAGCAGGGCUACCAGCAGGGCUACAACCAGGGCUACCCGCAACAGCAGGCCGGGUACGCCGCUCCUCCCCCACAGCCCAUGUAUGCGCAACAACCUGUCUAUGUGCAGCAGCAAUCGCCUCAGAGGGGCGGCCAGGACGACUGUCUGAUGGCCUGUCUGGCCGCCAUGUGUGUCUGCUGUACUCUGGAGAUGCUCUUCUAG